CUUGCUCCCUGUGAGGGUUUCACAGCCACAGGCGGAGCCCUGCUGCUCACCUGCUGUUUCAGGAAAUUAAGCUUUGAUCCAUUUCACACACGGCAGUGGGACCUAUCACGCAGACAACACCAACAUGACUGCUACCUGGAAAUCAUGGCCCAACCUCUUCCACAUCUGUUUAUUACUGUGUGCAACUGGAGCGGUGUCGCAAAAUUUCCUGCUGGAGCCGCGGAGUACAACAGUGCUACAAGGCUCUAAGGUGCAAUUCAGUGCCACCGUGGAGGGAAAAUGGAACGUCAUGACUUGGACAGUCGGGAAACUUCUGGUUCUCACUGUCCUAUCAGGUGGUAACAUAACCUCAUCAGGACAGUAUUCUGCCAGAUUCUGCCCUGGUGGUGACACCAGCUGUGUGGAAUUCACCAUCCAUAAUGUCACCCGUCAGCAGUCUGGGGAAGUCAUCUGCUUUGUGCAGGGGGAGUAUGGAUCAAAGAUUGCACAUCUUUAUGUUCAAGAGAGCGGUACAGUCAACAUCGUGGGAGGGAAUGUGACCGUGGCACAGGACCAGCAGGUGGAGUUCCAGUGUCUAACAACUGGUUGGUUCCCUGAACCAACUGUAAGCUGGACCCUGAGUGGUCAAGAUGUAAACAGCAGUCUGUACAACACCACUAGUAUGACGGAUGGGGAUACCUUUAACUCUUCCAGUGUCUUCAAGUUCCAGGCAGUCCACAACACCACAGUGGAGUGUUUGGCAACUGUGCCAACACUACCAAACCCACAAUCCAGCUCUGUCCUCUUGGUGGUUGUUCCCAAGCCUACUGACUGGACUGUGCUGAUAGCUGUGGUCGUGUCUUUUGGAGGUUUUGCUCUGCUGGUUUUGCUCAUCCUCGGAAUCAUCUUCUGUUACAAACGCAGGAAAGAAAAACAACUCAACUACCAGGAUGAAAUGAGGAGAGUGAGGACACAGAGCCAGAGUGGUGUCAAUGCAGGAGGCCAGAGACAAGGUCAUGUGAAUGCAGGAUAUAUACCAGAGGGUCAAACAAGUGUCGCUCCCAGUGAACUGACUGACAGUGGCUUUUGCCAAAGAAAUGGCUCCAGUUUUGAGAUGCCUGAUGUUGUCAACAGUAGUCAGGCAGGAAAUGGCUACAAUAGUGCCUACAACACUUUGGAUGAAUCAGGUUUCAAGAAACACAGACAUGUUACCAUUGUGUAAGUACAGAGAGAGGACCAUAAAAGACUUACAUAGUACCCUGAGACCUGACCGCCUUGGGCUCUAAAGAUUGGAGAAAGGUGGGAAGAAGGACUGAAUCUGCCCAGACAUAAGACUGAUGUAUUGUAGUUAUAUGUUGUGGCUGGCGGCAGAGGAGACCACCAAUAUCUAUGUUAUUUUCUGCUUGUAUAAAGUUGUAUCAGCAUAAUAUAAACCUCUGAAAGUGCUUCAGUUAAGAUGUAUUUACAGUAGCAGAACCAUGACAGGCCAAAUGAGCACAAUGAACAAAUGAACUAGAAACAACUGGAGCAGCAUUUGGGGCAGUACCAGACUCCUUUGUUUGUUCUCACAUGGUGGACUAACAGGGCUGAGGCUAUAGAUUCUUUCAACUACCAUUUAUCUGGUUUAUACUAAACCAUAUCUUAGAUCUUAGACUUCCUUUGUUCUCCUACAUCUGUGUCUUCAAAUGUCAUACUGUAACACUUGUAACACUUAACUGACUGUUCUCUGAUCUGCAGCUUAUUUUUCCAGUGUCUCGUACAACAUGAAAUGUGUGUGUUUGAAAUAGUCACCAUGAAAAAUUCCACUUGAAUGAACUGUUAUCCAGUGAUAAAAGAUCUGUAAUUUAUUACAUUCUUGAACAGUAUGUCUGCUUACACAUGUAUAAAUAUGUAAAUAGAAGCCAUUAAAC